AUGGAUAAAGAGUACUUUAAUGUGCUUAAUGGCUAAAUAGAUUUUGAGAUGAGUGAUAAAGAAUACUCUGAAUUGAUUACAACAAAAGCAAAUUAAACAAUAAGACCUUUAACUUUAAAAUUAAGGAUGAAAUAAAUGAAAAACAAAAUGGAAGAAGAAAUUAAUGUAAAAUAUAUUAAAUAAUAGAUAGAUUUCGAAAAUUAAACAUGAAAACAAUUAAUAUCAAUAAAAUAAUGACCAAUAUUAUAAAAAUAUUUUCUUUCUGUAUAAAAAGAGAAGUAAUACAUUCAAGAAUAAAUAAAUUUUAUAUAACAGUGAAACAAAAAGUCCUUUAACUUAAAGAAACUUUACCUAAUAUUCACCUAAAAGAUAAAAAUAAUAAUUUAAUAAAACAAUGUUGCCAUCUUCUCCAAUAAUAAAUAAUACAAGAACAAAGGCAUAAAAAUAUUAAGAUUACUUAAAAAUAAAUAGAUAGAUAAUGAAACAUAAAGGUUAAUUGGAUGAAUCAAUUUUAAAUCUGUUAGAAUAAAAAGUGUAAGUAAUUAAUUAAAUUAGUCACAUAGCAAAAUCACUAAAGCAAUCAUUUUUUAAGUGUGGAAUCAAUUCUUAUGAUUAAACUUUGAGAAAUAUUCAAGAAAUCAAAUAGAAUUUAAAUGAAAAGAUAAUAAAAGAAUGCGAUACUAUAUAUAAAGAGAAAUAAGACCAUAAAUUAAAUGUUCUUGAAAAAACAUCUACUGUAUGUAACAAUAAUAUUUAUAGCAUUUUCUAAGAGUUUUAGAUUUAAUGAAAGAAAUGGAUGAAUAGAUAUUCUAGUAUAUGUUAAAUUAUAAAUUCAAAAAUCAUAUUAAUGAUUAAAAUGCCAUUCUUGAAGAUAUAAUUAAAAUGAGAGAUGAUGCAUAUAACGACAAAGUAAGAACUUUUAGUAAAUAUCAUGAUAUUGAUUAAGAAAAAAAGAGGGAUAGAUAAAAACUUAAUAAAAUUAAAGUAUAUUUUUGAGUUAUUUUUAAUUAUAACAACUUAAAUUUAUGAAUUUUUAAGCUAGUAAAAAGAGGGCUAAUAGUUAUAUAGAAUCUUAACAAAAUCAAAUUGCUGAGCUUUAGGCUACAUCUUUUGCUCUUUAGUAGAAAGUUGAAGAUUUAUAAAAAGAAAUAAAAGAAUUAUAAUCUUAAAAUCAUAAAUUAAAUCACCAUAUAAGUUAACUCAAAGAUUAAAAUGAUAAUUUGAAGUUUGCAUAAUAAAAAGAAGGUAAUUAUCUUAAUUUGAGACAAAGCUACAUUUAUGAUUGAAGUAGAGCAUUUAAGAAGUGAUAAUUAAAGACUAAUAACCUUAUUAGGUGGUUAAGAUAAAGAUUUAAGAUUUCUGAGUUAAUUAGAAACAUAAAAAUCUGAUUUACCUGAAUGUUUACUUUGGGUUCCUUAAAAGGCUUUUGAAAUAGCUCAUUAAUUUAGAGAAAAAUAUAAAGAUAGUGACUAUUUAGGUGAUAAAUAAAUUUAACUGCUUCUUUUUGAAUUGAAUAAAGUAUGGGCUAUAAGAUAAUUUGAAUAAUAAAAACUAUAAAAUGUAAAUAUAUUAAAAAUAGAAUUUAGUCAAUUAAUAAUCUGGAAAAAUAAAAGAUUAAAAGUAAAACAAAUGUUCCUUAUUCAGAGAUUUAAUUAAAUUAAUAAGUUGAAAGAUUAAAGAAAUAAAUAAAAGACUUGAAAAAAGAAAACCUUGAUCUUUAUGCAAAUCGUCCAGAAAGAGGUACAAGAAGUAUUCGAAUAGCAUCAGCAAAUAAUACUCGAAAAUGA